AUGGAUUCUUCCUUGCAUGAGGUCUGGCAAGCUGCUGCUGGCAGUCCCUUUCUUCCCACAAUUGGCAAGGAGAGCCAGUUCACCGUCGCGUUCUUGCUGCUCCUCAUUGGAAUCGGAUUCACGGGUUACUUUGCGCUGAACCGUUCGCUACUCAACGUCCCGCUCCUCGGUGUCCCUGCCUCAGCAGCUAUUGCGGUCGGAACGGUGUAUAUGUUCUGCGCAGUCGGAGUUUACGUUUAA